AGGCUGAGGUGGCGGCGUGGGGCGUUAAGUUUUCUUCCAUUUACAUCCAAUUUUUCAUCUAACCGAGCGAGCGCAGCUCGAUUUCUCUCGGCUCUCUCUCUACGUCGCCUAUUUCCCGUGGGAUUUGAGAUUCAGUGUGAACUGGUGAGUUAAACCUCCUCGAGAAAACAUGUUCCUUGUUGAUUGGUUCUAUGGAGUUCUUGCGUCGCUGGGUCUCUGGCAGAAGGAGGCCAAGAUCUUGUUCCUCGGGCUCGAUAACGCUGGAAAGACCACCUUGCUUCACAUGCUCAAAGAUGAGAGAUUAGUUCAGCAUCAGCCGACGCAGCAUCCGACGUCCGAGGAGCUGAGUAUUGGGAAAAUAAAGUUCAAGGCUUUUGAUUUGGGUGGGCAUCAGAUCGCUCGCAGAGUCUGGAAGGACUACUACGCCAAGGUCGAUGCUGUGGUGUACCUGGUUGAUGCUUACGACAAAGAGAGGUUUGCAGAGUCAAAAACAGAGCUUGAUGCGCUACUCUCUGACGAGUCUCUGGCAAAUGUCCCGUUUCUUAUUCUGGGAAACAAGAUAGACAUACCUUAUGCCGCCUCAGAGGAUGAGUUGCGGUACCAUAUGGGCCUGACCAACUUCACCACGGGUAAGGGAAAGGUUAAUUUGAUCGACUCCAAUGUCCGUCCCCUAGAGGUGUUCAUGUGCAGCAUUGUCCGCAAGAUGGGAUAUGGUGAAGGCUUCAAGUGGCUCUCUCAGUACAUCAAGUAGGCAAACAAUCAGACGGCAAUUUUUCUACCACUGCUGCAGCCCCUUCAUUCAAGUUGAUCUUGGGAAUGUUAAGCAUGGGCGUUGGUGUAAAGAGAAUAUAUAUAUUGUCUAUGGUUGUUGCCUCUAUCUUUAGCUGGAUUGUAUUUUCUACCUUUUCUUGGCCUGGAUAGAUUGGUGUCUAAAUUGCAGAACUAAUAAAGGAAUUGAGGUUCAGUUGAGAAAUUUAUUUGUUUACUGAAGGCGAACUUGAAACUCCACAAUGCAAUUCAUUUGGGAUGUGUUCCCUGUUUUCAAUCUCA